AUGAAAAUUUUGGCAAUUGGUGAUAUUUUUGGCAAAAUAGGAAGAAAAAUCAUUAAAAACUACUUGGACGAAAUUAAACAAGAAUACCGAAUUGAUCUGGUAAUUGCUAAUGUUGAAAAUGCUACCCAUGGCAAAGGAAUUUCUUUUAAACACUAUCAAGAAUUAAAAUCUUACGGCAUUGACAUAAUGACUUCAGGCAAUCACAUAUUUCAUUUAGAAGAGACCCAAAAAGAUAUUGAUGAUAAAUUUUCAGACUUAAUCAGACCACUCAAUUCUAAUCCCUUCCAUCCAGGCAAGGGAACCAUUUUAAAAGAAUGA